GAAACAAGAUUAAUCAUCCUUUACGGUAACAGGCAGGGGAUAGGUGGUGGUCUAGGAUACUCUACUAACGAACGAAGCUACAGCGGCGGAAUGAUUGGAUAUGUCUGUUUGAUUUAAACGUACUCUGUCUGUAUAAUCAUCAUCGAAUCUAAAAACUGAAAAGAAAAUGGCUCGCUCCCUAAAAUCCCCGAACGACAUAAACACACUUCCCUAAACCCCUUUCUCAUGAUGAGGCUCAUCUUACUCUUCCUUCUCGACCUAAACCACAUACAUAUACACACAGACAUUUGACCUAAACAAACGUGAGCUAAAUACUAAAGUGUAAGCAAAACACAGAUGUCCUAAUGGAAUGAUAAAUAACACUAGAGCUAAACUUGGUGCAAGUAAAAGAAGAGAAUAAAACAGAAAAGAGAGAGAAAGAGAGAAAGAAAGAAAGAAAGAAGCAAGCCAAAAGACAUGUAAGUAGUUAACGGAAAAACGAAGCUAGAAUCAAACUAGAUAAAUUGGAAGUUUUUGGGAUGGAGCUGCAGCAAAAGGGGAUGGAGCUGCAGAAGCUGUUUGUUGAAUGCGAGGAGUGAAGUGGCCGACUGGUGGUGAUUGAUGUACAAUAUUGUAAUUACAAGUACAUUUGAAAAUAUGUUACAAAAGCCACGCUCCCUCCCUCCUUCCCAAAGCCCCCAUUCAAACCUUUAACCAAAACGUACUGUAACAUACUAAAGCAAGAAAAGGGGGAAGGGGGGAAGGGAAAAGAAAGCCGCCGGUACUACUACAAAUUACUACAAUAAUUAAAAACAGUCAAGUGGCGACGGAGGUGAGCGAGCGAGUGUACGACGUGCGUGCGUGUGUGCGUGUGUCUGGUGGGGUUUUUAAUAAAUUGUAACAGAUUUUUCAGGUCCCUGAAAAGAGCACUAGAGUGCGGCGCAGAGAGGGAGAGAGCGAGCAGUGAGUUGAUUAGUUUUGCAUCUAGAAUGAAAUAGUUUAGCAUCAAUUCGAUUGCGUUUUCCGAUCGAUUAGCUCGAUGGUUCGUAAAGAGAGCUGGAUUGUUGAGUUUGAUUUCCGUUUGUACAAUACUGAAACCGAGAGCGAAAGAGGGAGAAAGAAAGUUACGAAGUUAAUGGAAGGGUUGGUAAGCCGGGCUGGAACACGGAAGAACAAACCCGUUUAUCCCGCGGGCAGACAGGACCUAGCAGUGUUAUUACGAAAGGAAAAAAAAAUGGAGCUGAAGCAAGGGGCGCGAGUGGCAGUAGUGGAGAGGGCGGAAUCUGGCGGUCGCCAUGGCAGUGGUCCUCGCUCCUCCCCGCUACCCUUCCCCUCUCGCCGAGGUGCGCUCCGCACGCCAAGUAGAUUAAAAGUGGAUGGAUCGUUUUGAAAUAAAUAAGAAAAAA